AGCUGGCCGCUCUGUGCGACGGCUGCAGGGGGGGACGAAUGAAGACGGAGACGGCGACAUUCACCCGAGCACUUGUCAUUGUACACGGUUUUUUCAAGGAAGAUUACUGUUAUAUGAUGGCGUUUUCCUAUUAAAUUGAACAGCUGUAAACUUGCAAUAUCUUUAUCCAGCCGAAGGGUAUCGAUUCAAUUGGUUUUCGUGGAACUCAAAUCGAUUCCCUGUCAUUAAUAGCCAGGAUCUUUAGAUGGAAGACGGCUAGAGAGGUCGGACAAAAACUGAAGAAUAGACAUUUUCCAUAUCGAGGUGUUUCUAAUUUUCCGACGUUACAUUGGUAGACACGACGGCGGCAAAAUGAGACAUUCUUUGCCAUGGCUUUGAAAGACUCGGAAAACCCCUCCAAAUGAAAAGCGCUCAACGGUCGUCAUUAUUGCGGAUUUAGAUGCCUCUCGUAAGGGGACACAGACCUGUUAUUUUGGAACAGUCUGCGUGUGAGACGUUUUCAUCUAUUGCGGACAUUCCUUCGUAUUGAAACAGACAACAGACAAUUUAGGUGGGUGAACAGUUUAGUGUGCAGAGGUAUAUUUUUUAAGCAAUAUGGCUGGUGAGUGGGGCUGGGGACGCUGGCAUAGGCUCUCCAAGGCACCUAAAUGCUAGCUGAGGCGGAUGCCCCCGUUCUCCAUGGCAGCGGCAGCUCUAUGAUGACUAAUAAGAUCAAUAAUAAUAUAAAUCCGGACUCCUCGAUCUAUAUAUCCAAGAUGAACUUGGUCAUCCCGUUCUCGCCGGACGUGCCCUGCGACAAUAAUGGACAGCGCAUGUGGUGGGCAUUCCUCGCCUCCUCCAUGGUGACGUUUUUCGGAGGUCUCUUCAUCAUUCUCUUGUGGAGGACCCUCACAUAUCUGUGGACGGUUUGCUGUCAUUGCAACAUCAAAAACAAGGAGAAAGUGAACAACCCUGCCAACAGCCAGGCAGCAGAUGGGGCAGCAAAGGGGGCCGACGAGAAGGAGGAGGUCCCGCUCAGCGAGGUGGGCUGGAUGACCUCCGUCAAAGACUGGGCCGGGGUCAUGAUCUCAGCCCAGACACUCACCGGACGAGUCCUGGUGGUGCUAGUAUUUGCGCUCAGCAUUGGGGCCCUUGGAAUAUACUUUAUAGACUCUUCUGACCCUAUAGAAUCCUGUCAGAAUUUCUACAAAGAUUUCACGCUACAGAUCGACAUGGCGUUCAACGUGUUCUUCCUCCUCUACUUUGGUCUGCGGUUCAUAGCAGCCAAUGACAAGCUAUGGUUCUGGCUGGAGGUCAAUUCUGUGGUUGACUUCUUCACUGUUCCUCCGGUGUUUGUGUCUGUGUACCUGAACAGAAGCUGGCUUGGUUUAAGAUUCCUGAGAGCACUGAGAUUGAUACAGUUCUCAGAAAUUUUACAGUUUUUGAAUAUCUUAAAAACGAGCAAUUCCAUCAAGCUGGUGAACCUGUGUUCCAUCUUCAUAAGCACAUGGCUAACAGCUGCCGGAUUCAUACAUUUGGUGGAAAACUCAGGGGAUCCUUGGGAAAACUUCCAAAAUUCCCAGUCGCUUUCAUAUUGGGAAUGUGUCUACUUGCUGAUGGUCACUAUGUCCACAGUAGGAUAUGGAGACGUCUAUGCCAAAACCACUCUGGGACGCCUGUUCAUGGUCUUCUUCAUCCUCGGUGGUUUGGCCAUGUUUGCCAGCUACGUCCCUGAAAUCAUAGAGUUAAUAGGAAACCGCAAGAAAUAUGGUGGUUCCUAUAGUGCGGUUAAUGGGAGAAAGCACAUUGUGGUCUGUGGUCAUAUUACUCUCGAAAGUGUCUCCAACUUCCUCAAAGACUUCCUACACAAGGACAGGGAUGAUGUCAAUGUAGAAAUUGUUUUUCUCCAUAAUAUUUCCCCUAAUCUUGAGCUGGAAGCCUUGUUCAAACGCCACUUUACCCAAGUGGAAUUCUACCAGGGAUCUGUUCUCAAUCCUCACGAUCUAGCCAGAGUGAAGAUUGAGUCUGCAGACGCCUGUCUCAUCCUGGCCAAUAAAUAUUGUCCAGAUCCCGACGCAGAAGAUGCCUCCAACAUCAUGAGGGUUAUAUCCAUCAAGAACUAUUCCCCAAAGAUUCGGAUCAUUACUCAAAUGUUACAAUACCACAACAAGGCUCACCUGUUAAACAUUCCGAGCUGGAACUGGAAGGAGGGUGACGAUGCGAUCUGCUUGGCAGAGUUGAAGGCUGGCUUCAUUGCCCAGAGCUGCUUGGCACAGGGCUUGUCCACUAUGCUGGCCAAUCUCUUCUCAAUGAGAUCCUUCAUCGAGAUCGAAGAGGACACGUGGCAGAAGUACUACUUGGAGGGAGUAGCUAAUGAAAUGUACACCGAGUAUUUGUCCAGUGCCUUCGUUGGUCUCUCCUUCCCUACGAUCUGUGAGCUGUGCUACGUCAAGCUGAAGCUGCUGCUCAUCGCCAUUGAGUACAAGUCCGAGCAGAGAGAGAGCAGCAUCCUCAUCAACCCGGGGAACCACGUCAAGAUGCAGGAAGGAACUCUGGGGUUCUUUAUCGCCAGCGACGCCAAAGAAGUCAAGAGAGCAUUUUUCUACUGCAAAGCUUGUCAUGAUGACAUCACAGACCCCAAACGCAUCAAAAAGUGUGGCUGUAAACGACCCAAAUAUAAGUAUAAUGGAUAUGUCAGAUCACCAGCAGAUGGCGCUACAACACCAGGGAAAAGUGGAUCUCAAAAAGAGGCUGGUGUUCGGUUCAAAGCAGAUUGCAAUUUAGUUGAAGACGAGCACCCGUCGACUCUGUCGCCCAAAAAAAAACAGCGCAACGGAGGCAUGCGAAACUCGCCCAACAACUCGCCCAAGAUGAUGAGCAGACAUGACCCCUUGCUCAUUCCGGGAAAUGAACAGAUCGAGAACAUGGACAUGAAUGUGAAGAAGUACGAUUCCACAGGAAUGUUUCACUGGUGUCCCUCCAAAGAGAUUGAGAAGGUCAUCCUGACCCGGAGCGAGGCAUCCAUGACGGUCCUCAGCGGUCAUGUAGUGGUCUGUAUAUUUGGAGAUGUCACGUCCGCUUUGGUGGGGCUGCGAAACUUGGUGAUGCCUUUAAGAGCCAGCAACUUCCAUUACCAUGAGUUGAAGCCCAUAGUGUUUGUGGGCUCGCUGGAGUACCUGAGAAGAGAGUGGGAAACUCUACACAACUUCCCCAAGGUCUCCAUCCUGCCUGGUACACCAUUAAGUCGGGCAGAUUUGAGAGCUGUCAACAUCAACCUCUGUGACAUGUGCGUUAUACUGUCAGCCAAUCAGAACAAUAUCGACGACGCCUCUCUGCAAGAUAAAGAAUGCAUCUUGGCGUCACUCAACAUCAAGUCUAUGCAGUUUGAUGACAGCAUCGGGGUCUUGCAGGCUAAUUCCCAAGGUUUCACGCCACCUGGAAUGGACAGGUCAUCUCCAGACAGCAGCCCAGUACAUGGCCUAGUGCGCCAGGCCUCCGUGACCACAGGCUCCAACAUCCCCAUCAUCACUGAGCUAGUGAACGACUCCAAUGUUCAGUUCUUGGACCAAGAUGAUGACGACGACCCGGACACAGAGCUGUACCUGACACAGCCAUUUGCCUGUGGAACCGCCUUCGCUGUCAGUGUACUCGACUCCCUCAUGAGUGCAACAUACUUCAAUGAUAACAUCCUCACCCUGAUCCGGACCCUGGUCACAGGGGGGGCCACACCGGAGCUGGAGGCCCUGCUAGCAGAGGAGAAUGCCCUGCAAGGGGGUUACAGCACCCCCCAGACGCUGGCCAACAGAGACAGGUGUCGCGUGGCCCAGCUGGCCCUCUACGACGGGCCCUUCGCAGACUUGGGGGACGGUGGUUGCUAUGGGGAUUUAUUCUGUAAAGCACUGAAGACGUACAACAUGCUGUGCUUCGGGAUCUACAGAUUGAGAGACGCUCACCUCACCAUACCGAGCCCGUGCACCAAGCGGUAUGUCAUCACCAAUCCGCCGUACGAGUUUGAGCUGGUUCCCACAGACCUGAUCUUCUGCCUGAUGCAGUUUGAUCACAACGCGGGCCAGUCCAGGACCAGCCUGUCCCACUCCUCCCACUCCUCCCAUUCCUCCAGCAAAAAGAGCUCGUCCGUCCACUCCAUCCCCACCACCAACCGGCAGAACCGCAGCAGCAAGGCCAGGGAGGCCAAACAGAAUGCAACAAGGAUGAAUAGAAUGGGCCAAGAAAAGAAAUGGUUUACAGAUGAACCAGAAAAUGCCUACCCACGGAACAUUCAGAUCAAGCCCAUGAGCACUCACAUGGCCAACCAAGUCAACCAAUACAAAUCCACUAGCAGUCUGAUUCCACCAAUCAGAGAAGUUGAAGAUGAAUGCUGAAAAAAAAUAAAAUAAA